UGUUAAGUGUAACACUCCAAUUGUUAAACAUGGCAGCCUGCACAAGGACCAUCGCAAAAGUUUUAUCCAGAUGUCACAGGCAUACCCUGCCCCCUUGUGGACAGUCUUUGACAAGCUUUGUACAGAGGACACCUCAGCAUCUCCCUGUCAGGACCUUUGCUGCAGCCAAGUCAGCAACAAAAGAAACACAAAGAAAAAAACAAAAAGAUGAAAAGCCCAAGGUCCGGAAGGAGAGGAUCAUUGAUAACACAAAUCGGCACAAACCGUACGGCUUCACAGCCUGGGCCCCCGUUGAUGACGUCUACAUGGUGAGGUACUACCCCAGACCGGUGUAUGAUGUCGGAGUGGCAAUCGACAUGCUGAAGGAGUUCCAACGGUUGGAGUUCACGGAGCCAGACCAGCCUGUUUACCUGAAUCUGAAACUGGACAUGAAGCUGGAAAAGAAGAAAAAAGUGGAUCCGUUUGUAAGCACAGUACAUUUGCCACAUCCUUUCAAGACAGAACCCAACAGAGUCGUGGUUUUCACGGAGGACCCGGAUCAGGCCAAGGUGGCAGAGGAGAAUGGAGCGACACUUGUGGGAGGCCCAGAGCUCAUUCAGAAAAUCCUGGAUGAUGAGAUACAGGCUGAUUUUUAUGUGGCUGUGCCAGAUAUUGUCUCCAAGUUGGUUCCUCUGAAAAACAAGCUUCGGAAGAAAUUUCCCAAGACCAAGAGAGGAUCUGUGGGGGUGAACAUUCCUAAUAUGUUGGAAUUGUUUAAGAAGGGCCAUGAAUAUUUGGUGGAGAGAGACUGCUACAUCGUGACACAAAUUGCUGUGCUGGACAUGCCAAAGGAGCAGAUCCUGGCCAACAUUGAGACGAUCAUUAAGGAUGUGUGCACCCACAGGCCAGCCAGCUUUGGUCCUUUUGUGGAGAGGGCUAUCAUUAAUAGUGUAACAAGUGAAGCUCUGCACUUCAACUGUCAACAGUUUCUUCCUGUCACUAAAGAAGAAGAGUCAGAGGCUGAUUGAAAGAGUACAAUGUCACUUAUGUAGCUGUGUACAAUUGCACU